UGUGCUUUGGUGCCGCCUUAAAGCUUUGCACAAUCUCCAAACUUUUUUCCCUUUCAUUUUUCUCUGCCGCCCUUUAGUCUCAGGCGUCUCCAACUCUUUUUCUUCUGCCGUCUUUAGUCUCUCUCACUAAUCUCUUCAUCUCCGGUGUCCAAAAUUCUGACUGUCGCCGGCGUCUCGAAGUCUAGGCGAACGCAUCUCCGGCUUCAUCAGACUGCAUCCACGGCUUGGACGCUCUGUUCCGUCCCCGGCUUGGCGGCUUCAUGCUUUAGAAUCUUGCUGAGCAGCUCAAGUGUAGUGUGCAUGACAGAUCCUCAAUUGCUUUGUGGGUACCUGGGUAAUCUGGCAGCAGCAAAGCCUUACCUGGUGGCUUCCUCAGCUCUCACAGCCUCUCCGAAUCUUGCCAAGCAGCUCAAGUGUAGUGUGCAUGACAGAUCCUCAAUUGCUUUGUGGAUUCUAAUUAUGACUUUUGGUACAAAAAGAAACCUUGCAAACAUUAAAAAUCAAGUUAUGGGAAUAGAGAAUUCAUCACUGUCUUCUCAAAAUGGUAAAAACACAGGUGCUAUUUUGAUGACGAAAGUGCAAGAAAAGACUCGAGGAGUUGGAUGUGAAAAACUCUUACAAGUAACAAAAACCAAUUUGCAGCAACUAUAUUCAUUAUCGUAUGAAAAAAUGAAUAUGUUUCUUAUAGGAAUCUGGCAAGAUGGCAGGCUUCCCUUCCGAAUUUUGAAUCCAAUCCUAUGAACUCUUCCCCAGUAGAUCACCUGUUCUGUUUUAUCUAACAACAUACUCCAAUAUUAUCAACCAACACGCAACACCAACAUUUAUCACUCAGUCAAACUAAGCAAUAAUGCUAACUAAUGCAAGAAGAAAUAAGGAAACUACAGCUCAUUUCAUUAAUCCAUGACAGCAAUGACAUGUUUCACUUCCAGUGUUCAUAAUCUCCCAAAUCAAGGGAAAACAAGCAAAAUAACAAUAACAAUAAUAACAACUAUACUAAUACUGGAAUUCGAGAGCCAGUCCCCUCCCUGUCUACUUAGCCAACAUUUAACAAAUUCUUCAGAAUAAAAGUCCCCUUUUCUCUUUCUUUUUCUGCCAUAUAAAGGAUGUGCAGUCCCUAACAGAAUCCUCUCCUUUGCUUCCUCACAUGCUGCCAUCUGUACCAACUGGAUGGACAAGAUCAUUUUGUUCCAGUGCAGCUUCCUUGAUUCCCAGAUUGCCCUCCUCAUCACUGCUCUCUGAAUCUUCAGCUGAGAGCUUCUUUGGGUCACCUUCUCUUUUCUCCACUGGACCAUCUCCCACUUUCUUCUUUUUGGGCCUACGAAAAUACACCUUUGUGAUCAAGCCUCUAU